CAGGCAGCUGAGGAGGAGGAGGAGAAGGAGCAGGAGAAGUUGUUGUCGACAGAUGCUCCGAGCCGAAGAGGCGCUAUGGCCUCCUGGAACCGUCCCAGGAGGCUCUCCAUGCCGGCUGGAGGGAUAGGGAGAAGCUGGCUGCACCCUCAUCUCCGGGGCCCAGAGGAGGAGAGGAGGGUCUUCUGUCCCCAGGACAGUGUGAAAAUACUAAGGCUGACCCUCCAGAAUGACCUUCCUGGGGACAGGCGCGAUCAAGGAAAGCAAAAGCCGGUGGGAAGGGCCUUUGCCAUGGUGGCCAACCGGCCCACAAACAGCCACGCGUUGGCGUCGGAGUACGUCAAAUCCAACGAGGGCGACGAGGAAAUCAUCAAGGUCUACCUCAGAGCCCGAGCUGAGGACAGGGCCCAGGAUGAAAAGAGCCUCCAUCAACUGAAAAGUGACGGCUGUCAUCUCCAAGCGAAAACGCUGGACAAGCCAAACGGGGUCCGUCCUCACAGAACUACCUCAUUUCGGAGCAUGUCACUAUGCCAGGAUGAGCCGACGUACCCGGGAGAGGACAUCUCGAUAAUGCGCGAGACCACCAAGAAGCUGUUCACGAAACUGCAGGAGGCCGAGAAGCGACACCAGUCGGACAGAGCCGCCUACGAGACGUCCAUUUCCCAUUAUCGGAGGGAAGCCGAACAUUCGGGGGCAGCGCUCAGGAGGGCGGAGCUGGACUUGGAAGAGAAGGAUUUGAAGCUGGAGGAACUGCAGAGACUACUGACAGGGAUGGAGAAGGAGCACAAAAGUCUGCUGCAGAAGAUGAGAGACGACGAGUCGGAGCUGGAGCAGCUGCGGAGCGUCGAGAAGGACAAAGUUGCCGAGCAGGAAAGAUCGGCCAAACUGGAGAAGGAAGUUGCCACUUUGCGGGAGAAGAUCCAUCACUUGGACGACAUGCUCAAGAGCCAGCAGAGGAAGGUCCGGCAGAUGAUUGAGCAGCUUCAAAACUCCAAGACUGUGAUUCAGUCCAAAGACACAAUAAUCCAAGAGCUCAAAGAACGGGUGGCCUACCUGGAGGCUGAGAACCUCGAGAUGCACGACCGCAUGGAGCACCUCAUUGAAAAGCAGGCCCAGAGCUCCGGGGUCCACAAUGCAAGGCCCCGCUCCAAAUCCGAGUACGUCAGCAGCAAACGGCUCACCAAGUCUCUGGGCCCCAAACCUUUGCCUCUCAUCCGAGUGCUGGAAACAUGAACUCAAACUCCUCUCCUCCGCUCCCCGAAAAAGGAAUCCUCUGCAAACUCGCCGGGCCCUUAGUCCAUCGCCAGCUGCUUCGCCCUUGCUGCUCGCUCCCCAGAGGCAACCAACUCCCUUGUAGCGUCCGGCGCGACUAUCUGGGUAGCUCCAUCCGCCCAGCAGCACGGCCUGCUUGAAGCUGCCUGCAAAAAAGGAAAAGAAGAAGGAUUUUCUGAAAAGGGUUUGAUCGGGACGGGACGCGAGGACGUUUGAAAGUCAAGAGGACGCUUUUGCCCCACCCAAAAGCCGCAAGAAGGAACCUUUGCAUUCCUUGCAAUUGGAUCUGUAAGGCUGGCCCCUUUUUGGAGAGACAGUGCCUUUUUAGUAAUUAUAUAUAUAUAU